UCCUCCCACUUUAUAGAGAUCCAGCAGCUGCCUGCUCUCUCGUCUUCCCAGAGCUCCUGCCACCCAGAUGCCUCCAGCAGCCCUGGCCCUGGCCAUGGAGGGCAGCCAGGCGCUUCCAGCCUUCCUGCUCUGCAGCACGUUGCUGGUCAUCAAGAUGUACGUGGUGGCCGUCAUCACGGGCCAAGUGAGGCUGCGGAAGAAGGCUUUUGCCAACCCGGAGGAUGCCCUGAGACACGGAGGCCCCCAGUAUUGCCGGAGCGACCCCGACGUGGAACGCUGCCUCAGAGCGCACCGCAACGACAUGGAGACCAUCUACCCCUUCCUGUUCCUGGGCCUUGUCUACUCCCUGCUGGGGCCCAGCCUUUUCAUCGCCCGGAUGCACUUCCUCGUCUUCUUCCUGGGCCGCAUGGUGCAUACUGUGGCCUACCUGGGCAAGCUGCCUGCGCCCACCCGCUCCCUGGCCUACACCCUGGCCCAGCUCCCCUGCGCCUCCAUGGCCCUGCAGAUCAUCUGGGAGGCCGCCCGCCACCUGUGACCGCAGCCGGCAACUCGGGGCCCCCGGACCGUGGACUCAGCGCCCUUCGGAGACCUGCUGCUUCCUGCACCCAGCUGAGCGUGGGCCCUGGGCCCUGUGCAGACGGGUGUGAGUGCUUUUGGGUGUGCGGGCGUGCACACGUGUGUGCCUGGGUUCCUGGGUGAAGUAGCUGAUUGGAAACACUUAGAGACUGGUUGUCAGGAGAGACAUUCCUUCCGCUCAAAUGGCACAGCACCGCGGAACACCCUCCCGCCGCCUCCCUGACAACGGGGAUCUGAUCGGACUUCGUUCCGGGGCCUGACCCUGGGGCCACUGGAUCUGCGGCUGUAACGGAUGAGACCCGUCCCCAGGACUCCAGCCGGCCAGCGGACAGGGGCUGACCCUGCAUCCUCGGCCAGCUCCCGCACACGUCCCCGUGGCGGCCUGGCCUGGGAGUUACUGCCAGGCCCCCCAGACGAGGGCCAGGCCCCAGGAUGCAAUUUUGCAGUUUCUCCAGGGGAGGUUCGGGGUGGGGGUGCCCUUACCUCCUUUUGUCCCACCGUGUGUCUUUGCUGGAUCAACCAGUAAAAGGAAAUUUUCGGCUCUUUCAGAACCGCAAAUGUGUACCCUUGAGCGAUUGAGGGGGAGGGGCCUCUUCUAGACUCUUCUUCUAGACACCUGUGCCUUUAAUCAUUGCACAGAGUCAUCUCAGCCCGCGGCCUGCAGCCUCCUGAGGCUCCUUCCUGGCGUCCACCCCGCCCAAGGUGCCCGAGGCCCCGAUCCUGGGCACUGCUGCUGCUGUGUGUCCAUGGUGAAGCGCCUUGACCAGAGCAUCCUCUCAGGGCUCCCUGAGGCCCUCGUGCCUCCCGCCAGGGCUCAGUUCACUCAGGUGGAUGCUGAUCCGCCAGUCAGCAUCCAGGCCUGGUUGCAACCAAGGGCACCUCUACCUUGCUUUCCCUACCCGCGGCCCCACACGGCCCCCUUUUCUCCAGCAUCGGGAAAUCUCCCUGCACCUGGACAUGUCCAUCUCCCAUCACCCUGCGGUCCCCCAACUGCAGCUAGGGGGCUGAUGAAUCUGCAGCUAGGGGGCUCAGGGAGCCCUCAGCGGGUAUCCCGGCUGGCUCUGGCACACACACACCCCCCCCACCCCUCCACCCCGCCACUGGAGGGUCGGGUAACAUUGCCCCCUGGUGGCGAGACGAGGACUCCGCUCUGGGGCCGCAGGGCAGGCUGAGCCUUCAUCGCGAGAAACGAUUCCAGGAGGGAAGCAUUUCUGCCUUUUAGAUGAUGGAAGAAAGGCUCUGACAGGAGUGGUCGCUCACCCAGAGUCCCUGAGCCGAGGUAAAGCUGGAGGAGCGCCCUAGGGUGCCUCGGUGCCUGUUUAUAUCCUGUGGCUGAGCUGUGCGAUGCCCG